CGCCGGCGAGUUGGGGGCGAAUACGUGAAUUCUGAGCACAGUGGAAUCGUUCUGCAGAUGGUGGCUCCGCUACUACAGAAAACUCGUCGAAAUAUUUCGUCUCGUCGCGACACGGUAAACGCGCAUCGCAUUUUUCGUUUCGAGAUCGAAAAAAACUCGGACCGCUCUCCUUUUCGUUUGUUUUUUCCUGUACACGUCCUUCCUCGGAAAUUGCGCAGAGGUUUACAGUUUUCGUACUGCCUGAACAAGUUUUUGGAGUGAACUGCGGACGGGAGAGAAUUUAGUGAGGCAUUUCGGGCAUUUUCCGACGGAGUGUGAAGUGAAAAAUUAUCCGAAAGUGCCCCAUUGCGAGUUGGCGGAGCUACGGGCAAUUUGCAAGUCAGAAAAUUCGAAUAACUGUGGAGCGGAAGUCGCAUCGACCGCGCAAUGACGACGGUCGAGGGUAACGUGUGAAAAGACUGGUCGCAUUUAAAAUUAGCGAAUUUUGAUCCGCUCGCCAAGGAUUUCGUCGCCCCUGGCCGCGCAGAGGAGUUUCCGUGGAGAAUUGUGGUAUUAAACUGCUGGCAGACGAGUACUGAAAGUUGGAUUAGAUUGGUCGAAAACGCAACGGGAAAACGGCCGCCAUUGUUCCGAGCCUAGAACCACACACCUUCAAGGCAGGCCAAAGACGAGUGUAAAGCGGGCCAGCGGCCAUUGAGGAAGUUUCGCGAAAUCGUUUCCUUGAGUGUUACAAAUUGCACAACGCCUGCUAAUUGCGUGUAGCAGGGCUCCGCGCGAUCCUGGGAAGUAAGUAAAUGAUUUGCAGUGAAGAGUGAUUCAGACGACGUGAAAACAAGAGGUCGCCUCCCCGCGAGGGGCGCAUUACUUCGCAAGGUAGUCGGUUGUGUUCAUGUGAGAGAAGUGUGUGUGCGCGCGUAUUUGCCGUCCCUCAAGCGUGCCGUGCUGCAGUGGUUCGUUCUUCGAGGCGGCCUUUGGAGGAUUGUCUCGCGGCCCCAGGAGCAUUAUAUGUGACUGCUCGAAAACGAGGAAGGCGUCCUGAAUCAUUUCGUCAUGGAUUAAAUACACAGGGUCAUCUUCACUCUGCUUUGGUGAAAAUUGUGAAAUUCACAUGGACGAAUCGUGGUCCUUACACAAUGGGGGCUUUAGUGUAGAGCUUUUCGUUCUAGAUCUGAAGCACAUUCAUUAUGCCUUGAGUUGAAUGAAUAUCGUCGCUUCUGAGUUUUCUUUUCUGAUAUGGCUUGUGCGUGAGAAACGACGGCCGGAACAGUACGAUCAAAGUGUGUGACGUAAAAGAUAGUAGAGAGCAGCAGUAGAUGAGUACAAUUUUGUUUUCAAGUCGGAGAUAGAAUUGUGAAUUCCUUUUGAUUUCAUUAAUAGAAACAUUCCGUUAUUUUUAAUGAAUGAAAUAACGAUAGAUAUCGUCGGUACUCAUUCUGUCAUAGUAAAAUCUAGUGAAGCAUAUCUUUUUUACAACUCCGGGAUUUGCGGCGGUGGCAAUUUUCCGAAGUGUGGUAGCAACUCAUUUGUGAACCACAAAUGUAUCAGCUCAUGUUUAUCGCAAUAUGGCACCCGCUCUGACUGAGCCUCUGAGUCAGACGAAUAAGUUGUCCUCGUCUGCGACAUCUGCAUCACCGCGUCCUUCGUCCAACAAUCUGAUCUCCGAAUCAGAAACAGUCCCCACAACUGUUGCCAGUUCAGCCGACUCGAAUCACCGUAAUAAUAUAACGAGUUCAAACUCAGAUCCCAGUGAUACAUCACUAUUCAUUGCUGCUAACAAUAAAACGAGCCAAGAAGCGAAUUUUCCUUUUCGCAGUAACGGUAAGAACGGCACCUUUCAGUCGGCAUUUGAACAAUUCCAGCAAAUACGCCAACUACAGCAGAAUCACUGCAACGAUUCCCCGCCAAGAGUUAUAACAAAUAAGAGCGUUAAAUUAUCGACAGGACGGCGUCAAAGAUCGGCAGCAAGAUCCCCGAUUAAUGGACGUCUAUCUAAUAGUCAGAUGGGCCCAAUGUGUGAUACGAAUAUAGAAUUCCAAGACAACAAUAGCAUUAACAGUCAAGAGGAAUUUAAUAGUGAAGAAAAGGAGCAUUCAAGGAUUCAAGAUCAUAACGCGCAGACACACAUGGAUUAUUCAGUUAGUGAUGGGAACAUCAACACUGAAAUUGAAGAUGACGUUCCUACUUUAAAACAAAGUGGUGAUAUCGAUAAAGAACAGCAGGAUAUUGGAUAUGAAAUCGUGGAACGCAAUGACGAAUUGAAUGACAGUCAAUCUUCGCAGGAUCGUCAAGAAAAUAAAGUUCAAGACGAUGAACCAGGGAUUAAAAACUCGGAAUAUGAAAACCGGGAUCAGCCAUUGCAGUCCUUAGACGAAAUCAAGCAGAAAACACCUCCUCGAACGCCAUCACGAGGUACCAGUACGACGAAUCAAAGCCAAUCAGAAAGUACUCCUGUAUCAUCUUUAACUCCUCAAAGUACUACGUCAGGGAUGGGAUUGCAAAAAGAUUUCAUAAAAGAUACGGCUGAAAUGGAGCAAGUAUUGGGUGAACUAGGUACAUCAGAUAUGGACUUAUUGCAAGUAUUAAAGGGUUUUGACACAACACCUGGAGGGGAAGGCGCCUUCUGCGAGCUUAGCCUAUUUACAGACGUUGAUGUUAUGAAUUAUGAGGAAGUUGGUAUGCAACAGCCGAAAGAUGCUGAGACAAGGGAAAUUCGAAAUGAAAUAGAGAAGCGGCAACAACAAAUGCAACGAAAGUGCGAUUUUCUUGUAAGGCGGCUUCGGAAAAUUCAAGCUUAUUACAUGGGUAAACACACGAGUGAGGAAGUUGCAGGUCUUUUCGAAUGGCAAGCGAAUCCAACAUUGCGUCGAAAGGAGCCAGGAGAGCCUCAAACAUUAAAUUUGUACGAAGAUGAUAAACGUCGUCAGAUCUCAACGGCAGUGAUGAAGUCUUUUGUGCGGCGAAUUAAAACCGCAGCAGAUCAACAACAUUCAAGUUUAAUUGUAAAAAGAAAUAAGGUCGGCCGACCGUCAAAUGCUAGUCUUCAGGCAGAACUGAGCGGUACGCAAAAUAAAUCGAUCGGUGUUUCCUCUGUUGUGCCUCUCAUUAAUGAAAAGAUGGUGGAAGAAAUUUCUCAUGUUUCGGGUCAUUUACAUAGUGAGCUGAAAGAAAUUCAUGCCGCGAUUGAUUCAGAUGUUACAGCAAGCAGUUCGGGUGGUGAAUCUGCUGACGAAAUGCAACAGUUUAAUAAUACAAUGCAACAACAUCUAUCAAUAUCUAAGCGAGCUGCCUGGAGAUGGGUUCGAGAUCGUGCUGCAAUUGCAUCUCGAUGGACAUGGUUGUUGGCACAAAUCUCCGAUCUCGAAUAUCGAAUAAGGCAACAUAAUGAACUACAUCAUCAAAUUAAGAAAAACAAGGGUGUUGUGUCUUUUGAAAAAUGUACAGCAUCUACCACACCUAGCAGUAGCACGAUUUUACCUUCGUCGGUUAAUGGUUUCCGUGGCGUUUUGCCGGGCAAUUCUAAAGCCUUAGAUGCAGACAUGCCUACUUCAACUGCGGGAGGAAGCGCGCCGAAUGGUGCGUACAGUUCCGGCGCCAAUAAUUCAUCGGGUUCUUGUAGAACUCAAGCGUUCCAAAGAACAGGUUUUAGAAAGAGAAAAUUACUACAAACCGCAAAUGUGCAUACAGUUUCGAAGAAAGCUGCACGAUCAAGCACUGUGAAAUGUGGAUGCCAGUGGCCUCUUCAUCCAUGUGGUUUAUGCACGGGCAGACCCGAUCCGACAGCACCUCGUGACCUACCUGAUACGAUGACAUCAUCUGAAAGGGUGGGUCUACUUGAUCCAGGCUUUCAUCCCGUAUUGAGUUUUCCGGAAGAUGUAUCCCAAAGUAUACAUUUUGAAGCAACUAUGCGCCUUCCGGAGUGGCAGACUCGGGCGAUACGUUGUGCAUCGAAAAAUUCAUCUUCAUCUUUGAAAGGAGCCAUAUCGAUGCAAAAAGGAGGUGAUCGUGAUGACCGCUCGAGAAAAUACGUUGACAGCCGGCGUAAAUAUAAUCGAAAAUAUCCACAGGACAUAAUGGCAGCCAACAAAUUGAAAAAUGCAAAAGUACGAAGAUCGCUUCACGGCGACCAAUGUAACAAUCACCUUGUGAAAAGUAAACAUCGUAAGCUAAUUUCAUCCAGUUUAGCCACCGCGUCAGGUUUACCGUUAAGCAUGGGAGCUGGAUCAAGCAGUGGUGGAGGCGGCGGUAUGUCAUCGGCGGCAUCUUCGAUAGGAGGUUCCGAUUCAUUCGGAGUAAUUGAUAGUUUAGACACAUCCAAUGGCCAAUUGCCUCGCAGUAAAAACGCAUCUCCAACACCUGGUUGUCACGGCAGUUCUAUCUACAAAUCAGAAAGGAUGGAUAGACGACAUCGAAAUUCGUAUGAUAUUGAUAACAUAGUUAUACCGUAUAGUGUAGCAGCAACCACUCGUGUCGAAAUUCUGCCGUAUAAAGAAAUACCGACUCCAAAGUGGCGAAUAAUAGACGAAUCAUCGGAAAUAACAGAUUCCUCAUGUCAACCUCAAUCAACUUUGGAGAAUUCUGGUGCAGAAAACAGUAAUAGUCACACUGAUGAACUCACAUCAAAUGUGGGAAAGACAAACUCCUCAAAUCGACUUGAAGAUGCCUACAGUAAUGACGAUGAGUUCGAAGAUACUUCAGACGAGGCGAUUCUGAUUAGGCAUGAACGCGCGUUGAUAGAGGAACGUAAAAAAUUUCAAACAUACUUGAAAUAUCCAUGGAGUACAAGGUCACGUGCUAAUCGUCGUACGGAUAGUCGAGCAGAAUCAAGUGGUGCGAAUACUCCGGAUCCAUCUUCACCUGCGCCAAAUACACCAAUUGCUGGCGGUGAUCAAGAGUCCGUUCCAUCACCAACAACACCCUUAUCAUCUCAAGUAUCAGUUGAUGCAGGAGACGAAAAUUCUACAGGUGUUAAUAAUCACCCGGUUUCCAAUAAUUCGAAUUCAACGGUAAGAAAAAUAGAAAGGAGGAGAACAGCUUCAGGCAGAAAAGAACGUGAACACAGCAAAGAUGACUUGGGAAGCUACUUGUUUUCAGAAGUAAAAGAGUUCAUACCUCCAUAUGAGCCACUAGAGUUCCCGCUACCCGACGAUGUUUACGGAGCGAUGCUUGAAUUAAUGCCGCAUGAUCACCAAAUCUUGGAUGAUUGUGUAAAAUCAAAUGACUGUGAUGGUACUACAUCGGUGAGCAUUUGUAGCGAAGAGAAACUACCCAGAAGCACCGUGAAUGACGAGAAAGUUUUAAGAACCGGCGAUAGAGAGGAAAGACAUAUUUUAAUUACAACUAAUAGCCAGUACAUACGGCCUGGGGACAGCGGGGGGCCAGGUACAGGUACAGGCUUUGUUAAAAGCAGUAACCAAGGCUAUUCAGGUGUUUUGGACAUCGAAUCAAACGAUAGAGAAGAUAGUGAUACGGACUCAGCAGAAUCGGGAAUGCCGGACGAGGAUCCGAACGAUCCAGAGUGGCGCGAACCAGAGUAAAGGGAGCCUAGAAUUAGAGGAAGUAUUCAUUUUGACCUGAACUAUAGUUGUUUGUAUUGUUUUCAAACGGAAAGUUUGUUUUCACUUUUUCAAUUGAUGAUUACACUAAAUUAAAUUCAUCUCGACAGUUUCUUUCAAAUAUGAUGUUAAAAUAUGUAAUUUGCCUUGUUGAUUUCCCUUUGUUUUCUACUAUUACGACAAUUAUGCUCUUUUCUGGCUUAAAUACUGUUCUUUUUCCAAAUAUAUGAUUUUUGAAAAGAUUUUAGAUGAUUCUGGUAGAAAUUAUUUUGUGAAAAGCAAACAUUUAUAUAACAAAUAUCGCCCCUGAAACAACUUGAUGAAAAUAUAAACGAUACUUAAAUCUGUAGCACGAAUGUAACAUUUUUAGGAGGCAUAUUUUUGAAGAAACGGGAACGGUAGAGUCAACUCCGAUAUAUGUACGAGGAAAAUCAGAGUUUAUUUGGUUCUGGGUACGUUCGAACUAUUUUUUUUUUACUUUAGAAUGGAAAUUUCGGUAGGGGAUGUAGUGCAUUUGAAAUCUUCGUCAAUAAUGGUGGUAAAGGAUGUCAGGUUAGAAAUUCUAUCUCAAAUUGAAAGGACUUGCUUUAGUUUCAAUUGAAUUUUUUUUUUCCAAUCAAAUCUGUUCCCCGAUUUACUCAAAUGUCAGAUUUCUGUAUAAAAUUUCUGUUGUUUGAGUUUGAGCUUUUUAUUGAUCCUCCACGUAGCUAACAAGGCGCUCGUGGUGGAGAUUUAGAGACAAUUCAUUUCAGUGCACCGCUUGGCAAAUUCCACAGCUAUAGUGUUUGCUAUGGUACACUCAAUCGGUACAUUCCCACCUGUUUGGAAUGUCUAUAUAUUUGCUUGCUCCGUUAUAUAUUAUGCAUAUUUGGCAUUAUUGAACAGAAGGAAAUGCAAACACGUUGCUGCAUAGACGACACCCUCGCCGAUGCUUAGUAUCUUCUGAUUUCGAAUUUUAGAGAAAAGUAAUUCAGAACACUUUGCGAUUCAUUGGCACAUUGCUUGUUCUCCUUCCAAGUUCUGCAGUCACCCAUUGAAUGAGUUCUUUCUCCAUAUAACCAAGUCAGUAAAUCUUGCCCAAUGACUUUCAAGCGACUGUAGGAAUUGAAACCCUAAUUAUAUAAUAGAAAUCUUCGUGUGAAAUUCGGGACAUUUGCUUGAAAGACGAUUGAUAAAACUGCGUUUCAAGUCAUCACAAUUGAUGCUUUCAUAGGAAUGUAUUACGGCUUUAAAAAUAUACAUAAAAAUCACACUUCUGUAUAUAUUGUAAUAAAGGAACUACUAAAUUGCAAGAUAAGUAAAAUUAAUAUAUAUUUACUUACCUAUCUUAAACCUACAAUUAAGGAACAGUAGAUUAUUAAGUUUUGUUGCUUCAAGCAGUGAAUUAAGUCUGUUUUUAAACUAUUCGCUUAUUACGUGGAUGUUCGAACUAUGAACAAUAAUUGUUUUCAUCUUUCAAUAAAAUAGAGAUAUUUGAACAGUAGAACUACGACUUCAUGAUAAAAAGUAACAUGCACUUUACCCAGAACAGUCUGUUUAUAUUAUCAAACAGCGGAACAGGUAUCAGUAUAAUAAUUUUGUCAUUUAAAGUAUAAUUUAUUUUAAUCUUAAAUCAGUUAUGCAAGUGUUAUUAUAUCUUUUGUUUUAAACACUAUUAUUUUCUGAUUGUAGACAUUAUAUAGCAGUAAUUGUGUAAUAUUUUUUAUUGUUACAAUUUGCUUUAAGGAGGAGCUAGAUGUAAGUGAACAAAUAAAAUAGAUUACACUAAGAAUGUUAUAAAUAAACAACCGUUUUUAUUAAUACAAUAAAAGUCUCUUGCUGACAAAAUCAAAUAUGAA